AUUUCAGUCAUUUCAGGGGGUGAAGUGGAGGGGUGUAAAACUACGGGCGGAAGUGUAGCUGGAAAAACGAUUUUCCGCUAUAGUAUUACUUAUUUUAACCAAAAUGCAAAAAGCUUUAAAAGAACUGUAUUAAUUAAACCAAAGAAUUUAUUUAUUACCGUAAUUUGUGUUUAUUCGUUAGUAUAAAAGAAGUAUAGCCGUUGCGGCUAAAUUGUGGUGUUAUUAUUGAUAUUUUUAUUUUACGCGCUUACAUAAAACGGUAUUAUUUUUUAGUACAUUUAUAAUUUAUUGAUUAAAUAAUUUAACCCACCGUUCUACUAGUAGGAAGUCACGAAAACCGUAAAAAAAUUUCUACAUUUUUUUAAAUAAAAAAUGUCUGAUGGCCACGGAGAACCCAAUCAGCAUCGGAAAGAAAGUGUUUCUGCGGCGAAUGUGGCCAGCGAUAGUCCUGUAACAGACCCCGGGCAAGUGCGAGGGGGCUCCACUGUAGAAGGGGCUGCUGGGAAGUUUGAAGGACCCAGGGUCAAGUCUGGAGCCCUAAAAAAAUCUGCAAGAUAUAGAAGUAGAUCGUUGUCGGCAUCGUCGGCAGAUUCGUACAGUUCUACGUCAUAUACCGGGUCAUCGUCAGAGGAAGACGAAGGCAUCCAACCCCAUGAGAAGGCGAUCGCAGCUGGCACCCCCAACCCGAACUACUGCGUUAGGAACGUGGAACAGCAUGCGUUCGGACGGAGGGAGAUAGAGAUAGCCGAGCAGGAGAUGCCUGGGAUCAUGGCUUUGAGGGCCAGGGCUAAAGAGGACAAACCACUUAAGGAUGCUAAAAUCGUGGGCUGCACGCACAUCAACGCCCAAACCGCAGUUCUCAUCGAAACAUUAGCCGCAUUAGGUGCUACAGUUCGUUGGGCGGCCUGCAACAUCUAUAGCACGCAGAAUGAAGUAGCAGCAGCGCUAGCACACGCAGGUUUCGCAAUAUUCGCCUGGCGAGGCGAGAGCGAAGAAGCCUUCUGGUGGUGCAUCGACCAAUGUUGCGCCCCUAGCGCCACCUGGCAGCCAAAUAUGAUACUCGACGACGGCGGAGACGCCACACAUCUCAUGCUGAAAAAACAUGCUGCCGCUUUCAAACAAAUUAAAGGCAUAGUAGAAGAGAGCGUGACAGGCGUCCAUCGACUAUACCAGCUAAGUAAAGCGGGCAAGCUCUGCGUUCCGGCCAUGAAUGUCAACGAUUCUGUCACCAAGACGAAGUUUGAUAAUCUCUACUCUUGCCGUGAAAGCAUAAUAGACGCCCUAAAAAGAAGUACGGAUCUCAUGUUCGGUGGAAAGCAGUCGGUAGUGUGCGGGUAUGGGGAGGUCGGGAAAGGGUGCUGUCAAGCGCUUAAGGCCCUGGGGUGUGUGGUGUACGUGACAGAAAUCGACCCAAUCUGCGCGCUACAAGCCGCCAUGGAUGGCUUUAGAGUUGUCAAAUUAAACGAGGUUAUAAGGCAAGUGGACAUCGUAAUAACAGCGACAGGCAAUAAAGGGGUCGUCACACGCGAACACAUGGAGCGGAUGAAAAACGGUUGCGUUGUAUGCAAUAUGGGGCACUCUAACACUGAAGUUGACGUGCAUGCUCUGCGGACGCCGGACUUGUUGUGGGAGCGAGUCAGAAGCCAGGUGGACCACAUAAUUUGGCCGAACGGCAAACGCAUAGUACUACUCGCCGAAGGACGUCUCGCGAACCUGUGCUGUUCCUCUCUACCCUCAUUCGUUGUCUCUGUCACAGCCGCUACGCAGGCCCUGGCUUUAAUAGAGCUGUAUAACGCGCCCCAACAUCGAUACAAGGCGGAUGUAUACUUACUGCCAAAGAAAAUGGACGAAUACGUGGCCAGCCUACACCUGCCUACUUUCGACGCCCAUCUCACAGAGCUCACGGACGAACAGGCCAAAUACCUAGGCCUCAACAAGGUCGGCCCUUUCAAACCUAACUAUUAUAGAUACUAGCAUAGAGGGAAGAUCGCCCCACCGUAAUGACCACUCGAUAAUAGACCGUAUCAUGUUGCAAUAGAGUUUUAAUUAGGAUUUUGUCAGGCAAAAAAGUACAAUCCACCUUCGACGCUCAUCUGACAGCUCACGGACGAACAGGCCAAAUACCUAGGUCUCAACAAGGUCGACCCUUUCAAACCUAACUAUUAUAGGUACUAGCAUAGAGGGAAGAUCGCCCCUCCGUAAUGGCCACUCGAUAAUAGACCGUAUCAUGUUGCAAUAGAGUUUUAAUUAAGAUUUGGUCAGGCAAAAAGUACAAUCCACCUUCGACGCUCAUCUGACAGAGCUCACGGACGAACAGGCCAAAUACCUAGGUCUCAACAAGGUCGGCCCUUUCAAACCUAACUAUUAUAGGUACUAGCAUAGAGGGAAGAUCGCCCCUCCGUAAUGGCCACUCGAUAAUAGACCUUAUCAUGUCGCAAUAGAGUUUUAAUUAAGAUUUUGUCAGGCAAAAAAGUACAAUCCACCUUCGACGCUCAUCUGACAGAGCUCACGGACGAACAGGCCAAAUACCUAGGUCUCAACAAGGUCGGCCCUUUCAAACCUAACUAUUAUAUGUAGGUACUAGCAUAGAGGGAAGAUCGCCCCUCCGUAAUGGCCGCUCGAUAAUAGACCGUAUCAUGUUGCAAUAGAGUUUUAAUUAAGAUUUUGUCAGGCAAAAAAGUACAAUCCACCUUCGACGCUCAUCUGACAGAGCUAACGGACGUACAGGCCAAAUACCUAGGCCUCAACAAGGUCGGCCCUUUCAAACCUAACUAUUAUAGGUACUAGCAUAGAGGGAAGAUCGCCCCUCCGUAAUGGCCACUCGAUAAUAGACCGUAUCAUGUUGCAAUAGAGUUUUAAUUAAGAUUUUGUCAGGCAAAAAAGUACAAUCCCCCUUCGACGCUCAUCUGACAGAGCUCACGGACGAACAGGCCAAAUACCUAGGUCUCAACAAGGUCGGCCCUUUCAAACCUAACUAUUAUAGGUACACUAGCAUAGAGGGAAGAUCGCCCCUCCGUAAUGGCCACUCGAUAAUAGACCGUAUCAUGUUGCAAUAGAGUUUUAAUUAAGAUUUUGUCAGGCAAAAAAGUACAAUCCACCUUCGACGCUCAUCUGACAGAGCUCACGGACGAACAGGCCAAAUACCUAGGUCUCAACAAGGUCGGCCCUUUCAAACCUAACUAUUAUAGGUACUAGCAUAGAGGGAAGAUCGCCCCUCCGUAAUGGCCACUCGAUAAUAGACCGUAUCAUGUUGCAAUAGAGUUUUAAGUAAGAUUUUGUCAGGCAAAAAAGUACAAUCCACCUUCGACGCUCAUCUGACAGAGCUCACGGACGAACAGGCCAAAUACCUAGGCCUCAACAAGGUCGGCCCUUUCAAACCUAACUAUUAUAGGUACUAGCAUAGAGGGAAGAUCGCCCCUCCGUAAUGGCCACUCGAUAAUAGACCGUAUCAUGUUGCAAUAGAGUUUUAAUUAAGAUUUUGUCAGGCAAAAGUACAAUACAAAUACCCUUUAUUACAUCUCAAUAGAUGAAAAUAUUACUUAAGAAAACGGCAACUUAAGCAGAGGCAAACGGACGGUCUUAUCGCUACACAGCGACCUAUACUCUGUAUCUUUAGGUAUUUAAAUAAAAGUAAACAAAAUCUACCCUCAAAUAGCUCCUUAAGCCAGUUGAGUUUAGAUGAAAAUAGAUGAAAACAUUACACGAUCAAAUAAUAAACAAGACCGAAGCGAUCCCAUAAUUGUUCCGUGAACAAAGUUUUUUACGGAACACUAACAAUUUACAGGUAUAACAAUAACAUAACAAAAUAUUAAAUAAAUGUAGAAAUUACAAUGAUACGGUAAGGCCACGCGAUUAUUAUUGUUACUUCUCGGCACUGAAAUUUUCGAAUUCUUCGCACUUUUUGAGAAAAGCACAUGUUGACAUGCCUAACUCGCAUUUCAUAAGACCUCGCUAAGACGGCCGUUAAAAUCAACUCGUGGGUAUUUCUAGUAUCAGCAUUUGGACGAACUGUAGUAGGUAGUAUUUUGUAAAUUUUUCCCACAGACAAAACAUCCUCCAGACUGAGCAUAGUUGCGCUACCCCCUUUGCCACGCAUACGGUAAUUUUACUCCAUGUUCGAGUCGAAAGUGUCUUUGUAUGACGUCCGUGUCUUUGAACGGACCAAUCACGGCACGGGACUUCGCUCACCUCGUCCCGCGCACCCCCGCAUUAUUGGCAUCAUCGGUUGCAUAAUUGCUCUAAACUCGGUCUAGAGGAUUCCUAGUCUAUGAUUUUUCCUAAGGUGUAUUCGGGUAAUACCGAAAGUAGGAUAAUUCCGAAAUUCAGAUGAAAAUCACCCUUAAUUCUAUCAUAAUAAAAGUCUCUUAUCGGAAUUAACCGACAGUUUUCGACAUUCGGAAUUACCCGAGUAAACCUUAUAUGAUCUAUUUCUCAGUAUUUCAUUUCAACUGUUAUACAUAAUUAUAGAUAAACCAUAGACAAAAUAACAUUGAGACGCAUAAAAGAAAUAUUGUAGCUGCAAAUUUGGCAGCUGAUGUAGAUGGCAAUAUAAAGCCACAUGAAAUUUUGUGGUAUAGUUGGUUUUUUAUGAUGCCCAAGAACUUUUGCUAUAAUUUGGACAUCUUAAAAUAAUUUAGCUAUAGUUUAGCAAGCCAUUUCCGUCAGUAGAAAAAGGCGACAAAAAAAGGGUUGGCCUUCCAUUGAAAAUAUUAAUUUCGCAUCUUUUUCCAGUGACAAAUGAGUUUGCCAGAGUAUAUUAUAACUGGAUUGUCAAAUGUUUGUGAAGCCAUCUAGCGGAAUUAAUGAUAAUUGAAGGGAUGUUUACAAAAACAACAUAACUGCUUAGAGCGGUUGACACUUUUUUAAGAACAUUGUCAAUCGUUUCAGGUGUCAACCAGUGUAGUCAGUUAUGUUGUGUUUGUAAACAUCUCUUCAAUUAUACUGAUAAAAAAUUAUAAAAUCAUAUAGUCCGUGUUUUUUAGCAUUAGAAAGAACUUCGCAGAAGUAAGCUUGUGGUUUCAAAUCUGGCACUUUUAGCGGUAAUAAUUUGAAGUAAAUUAUAUGUAUUGACCAUGCUACAUUAGAUAAUUCAAUAAUUAUUAAUAAUUAAAGAGUCUGAUAAAAACUGCAUGCUUGCUUCUGUGGAGUUCUUUCUAAUGCUAAAAAAAACGAACUAUACGUAGUGUUAUUUCGUUGCGAUUCGUUGCGACCAAUGAUUUAAGUUCGUUUUUAGUUUUAAAGUAAAUGCACCCACUUUGUUUUUUGGCAAGAAUUAAAAGUUAGCAUUACAUUAUUUCUUUACAAGACUUUUGGAUUCAUUAAAAAAAUUGUAAUUGAAGGUCAAUAUAUUGACUUUUGGUCCAACUUUUCAACGGCAUAUCCCAGUUUUAAAAUAGCGACACAAAUAGUAUAUUAUAUACAUAGGGUAUUCGCCAGUAACUGGCCACCCUAAACUAAAAAUGAAUUCUAUUCACCUGUAAACAGAAUUCAUUUUAGUAUAAGGUGGCCAUAUUUUUAUUUUAAAUGUUUAAUAAAUCUUACAGCUUUUACGUAUACAGACGCGUCGUCCUUAUUGCAAAUGUUUACGUAUAUGAAAUUGAAUAUAUUAAUAUUAAACGCGUUAAUCAUCGACUUUAUAAACGUCAGUGAGGUUUAAUAUAUUUAACAUAUGAAAUUUGUAUUAAUAUAAUUUCAUGUGCGACAAUAUUUGAGGCUUGGUAUGGAGACUAUCAGUAUAUAUUCAUUAAAAGCGGAUGAAAUACUUGUAGGUCAAUUUAUAACAAGAUAAUUAUAACUUUUAUUUGAAUACUUGCCAAAAAUUGUAGUUGUUCACAUGUUCUUCAAUAGUUGACCGAACGAUAUUGUACAAUUGUAAUGUAUAUUUAUUUGCAAUUUUGUAACUAAAGUUGGUCAAGCAGAUCUUGUCAGUAAAAAAAGGCGGCAAAUUUGAAAAAUGUAGGCGCGAAGGGAUAUUGGCUCACAGAAAAUUUGAAUUUCGCGCCUUUUUCUACUGACAAGAUUUGCUUGACCAUCUAUAAAAACAAUUAGCGUAUGUAGCCUAGUUAGUGAAUGUACAAACGGAUCGAUAUUACAAAUAUAGGAAAUGCAGUAGGGUGUAAAAACGUUACAAAUGUGUACCUAUUUAUUUAGUUAUGUAAUUGAGUUUUAUUAUGUUACCCAUUAAAAAGCCUUGUGAGAAAGAAACCUAUGUAUAAUAUUAAUAUUUAUUAAUCAUGCUAUAGAUGUAGUCUAAUCAUUUACCAUCGUAUUUUCACGGAAACGAGCGUGUUAUGUGAACAGUUUCAGUACAAAAGUACUUAGGUUGAUUGAACUAGCAUGACAAAUACGAACGUUUCCGAGAAAAUACGAUGGCAAAAGUUCAUUACAUCUGUACAAGUAUGUUCUCUCGGAAACCAAACCUAGAUAUGGAUAUUCACGAACAUAUAUCUAUACAAUGUAAAAUGUACAAUGAAAAAAACAAGUGUUUACAAAGUAGUCGUUUUCGAGGUUUCCGGGGCUAAUUCUAGGUCGUUUAACACAUUCACUGCCACCGUUUUCGUAUCGCUACGCUCGUAGCCGAUCCCAGCGUUUUCCCGCUUUGUAGAGGAAAGCGACAACGAACACAGAACCCACUGAGCGGUUACCCCGGCACCGGCACUCAAUG